GUGUAGUCGUGUGCGUGUGUGAGUGGUUCGCAAACAAACAGCUCUGCGUGUGUGUGUGUACGACGAAGAAAAAACGCGCACUGCUGUUGUUGUUGUGGAGUUUGCUUUGCUCCUUCCUGCCUUCCGUUAUCAACCCACAGCACCAACCACUCACCCAUUCAUUCAUUCAUCCAAGCAGAAGAACAAAGCAACACGCUGCCAGCCUUGCUUUGCCUGCUUUGCUUGCUUUGCUUGCUUUGCUUGUGCACCACGCCGCCGCCUCUGCUGUUCCACGCUGAUCGGUUCGGGCGAUGAGCAGGGCGCCGCUGUGGCUGGAGGACGACGACGAUGAUGACGCCGACUUCGUUGUAGCUGGCGACGGCGUGAUCGCCGUGAGCCACGCCACGGGUGCCAUCGCCGCUGACGACAACGACGACGAUGAUGCGGAGCCCACGUACGGGUUUGCAGAGGCAUUGGCGCAGGCGCAGUACGAGAAGGCCCAGCUCGAGGAAGCGCAGCACCGCAUGGCUUCGGAGUACGACGACAUCCUCGAUGAGAACGAGAACAUGGCCCGCAAGAUUGUCGAGCUGGAGAAACAACUGCGCGACACGAAUCGACUGGCAACCACACGGCAAGAGGAGAUCAACGAACUGCAGAGCUUGUAUCGCGACCUGCAGACGCUCAAGCUGGAGAAGGGCGACGUGGAGCAGCGGCUGCGCCAGUCCGAGGAAGACCGCCGGCAGAUGGAGCAGGAGCUCAUGAGCAAGGAGAAGGAGGUGCAGAUGCAGCACGAGCGCUUGCAGCUACAGCAGCAGCUGCAGGACAUUGAAGCGCGCGAAGACGCUGCACAGAGCACAUAUGAGAGCAAGGCGGCCGCCCUGGUGAACGAAAGCAAGGGCGCCGACGUGGACCCGCAGUUUGUGGAGGCCCUGCAGAACGAGCUGCGCAAGAUGCGCGAUCUUGUUGACGAGAAAACAUCAGAGGUGGAGCGACUGCGACGCGCACACGCAGCCAACGGCAGUGGCAGUGGUGGUGAUGGGGAUGACGACGACGAUGAUGAGGGCGGGCUGUCGCUGGCAGAUGAGCUCAACACCCUGGCGCUUGAGCAAGACGAGCUGGAACGACAGGCACGCAAGAAGCUGGAGGAGGAAGCGAAGCGCAGGGCGGAGGCAGAGCAGCAGCUGACUGCACUGAAGGAAGCGAAGAUUGCACAGGAACGGGAGCUGGCGCGUUUGGGGGAGGAGAUGAAGAAGAUGCGCGAGGAGGCUGAGAGAACGCGAAGGGAGCGAGAACAGAUGGAACAGCGUGUGAAGGAACUGCAUACACGGCAACAACAACAGCAGCAGCCACCGUUGCAAAAGCAGCAGCAACAACAGCAAUCUCAGUCACAGCCGCAGCAAUCAGAUGUGCACCACCACCACCAUCACCCACCACCGUCAGUGCAGCUGCUGAAGGAAGUGUACCCACACAUCCCGGAGGGCGAGAUUGCGCGCGUGCUGCAGGUGUGCAGGGGCGAUGCAGAACAGGCAGCAGACCGCCUUUCAUCGUGGCAACCACCACAACAGCAACAACAGCAGCAACAGCAGCAGCGGCAGCAAAGGCACCCACCGCCAUCAGCACAGCGCCAGCACCGACAGCAGCGGGCGCAGACAUCACCACAAGCACGAACGCCUGCGAGAUCACAACAACAGCAACAACAGCAACAACAACAGCGAAAGGGCAGCACGGAAGAGCGUGCGUCGCCAUCGCCAUCAACAUCGACAUCAUCAUCGUCAACAGCGCGCCCGCGGUCGUCGUUGUCGUCGAUAGAGCAGCGAAGACAGACGCUGCUGCGGCAGAAACAGCAACAGAAGACGAGGCAAUCUGUGUCAUCGCAGGCCGCCGCGCCGAACGGAAUCCAUCGCCAAACACACCAACCACGAUCACGUCCAUCAUCGUCAUCGUCGAGCCAGAAGAGAGGGGGAGUCCCACCACCACCACCACCAACAACAACUUCAUCAUCAUCAUCAUCACCACCAUUGGCAGCACCGGCAGGAGCAAAGCCGCGUCCUGCGCAUGUGUCACCAUCAAGCGAGGAGAAGAAGAAGAUGUCUCCACGCCAACAGCUGCAGCCGUCACAUCCCCGCACUGCUGACAAUGCCAGUGACCGCUGGUCUCCGUCACCGCCACCCGGCUACCCGUACCCUGAUCUUCCUCCGGGUUACACCCCACCAGCAGGGGAGCACGAACGCAAACUUAAACAACAGCAUCACCAGCAGCCGCAGCAGCCCCAGCAGCAGCGUGACUUGUUGCGCACCACACACGCGACAUUCACGCACAUGACAGAGGGACCGGCUCGAAGCGGGUUUGAUGACGCGCUUCGCUUCGAGCGCAACCUGUCCGCAUCUGCCGGUUUCUCCAUCACUCUUCCGUCCCAGGAGCGCUGCUACAAGGUCCGCCUGUUGAUGAAUGACUGUGCGGAUGUGUUGGGACUGGACAGGAAGUUUGGUCCACAGUGCGUCCUUAAGCUCUCUCCAAACUACAUCACCAUCGUCUCCCAGCGGCGGUUUGCGACGAUUGUAGAGUGGCCGUUGAGUCUGGUGAGCAAGAUGGCGGCUACAGAGGGUGCCCUCAUGGUGGCAGGAUGGCUGCGGCAACUCCGCUGCCCGGGCGCACUCGAGAUGAACAUCCUUGAGGAAGCGGCUGAGAAUGUGUUUGUAAUUGCGCGGCACAAUCUCCACGAGUAUCAGUCUCGGAUGGACGCGGUGCUGGCGCGCGAUCUACAGCGCCGGGAGCUUGCCUCAUCGUCGCCGUCGUCAUCGCUGUCCAUGUCAUUCAUCGCUCAACUUCGCCUUGAUGACGAGUUCAACAAACUCCUCGCACGCGAGACGAAGACGGGGUUUGAGCAACUGCAGCAGGCCGAUGACGCCACAUAUCGGCAGAUUGUGGAGAAACUCAGCGAAAAAUCGAAGAAGGAGCUGUGGAAGAAGCGCGGCUCGAGGCUCAAGCGCAUGUUUGGCGGGCGAAAGAAAGGGGUUCGACCGGCCUGGCAGUUGGAGGACCCGCACUGAACACGUGUGCGCUCGUGUAUGAUUGUGUGCUCUCGUGUGCAUCGUGGGGGAUUGGUGUGGUGUUAGGAACGACUCAGUCCACGCUUGCCG